AUGUCAAUGGACGAUGACCUCUUCAAUGUCGGAGAGAACGACGACAUGCUAGAAGAGGAUAUGGAAAACUUCGACAUGGAGGUCGAUGACGCCAAUGAAGAAAACGCCAAUGACGACGACGACAACAUGGACGAGGACGAGGAUGAAGACGACGAUAAUGACGACAACGACGACGAUAAUGGAGACAAUGAUGAGGAUGAUGGCGACCGGGACGAUAACGACGAAGACAAAAAUGAGGAAAAUGACGAAAACGACGAAGAGGAUGACGACGACGACGCCCCGGAUACCGCAAACGAAAAUAAUGACUCAAACAUCACUGGGGAACCAACGCAACAAGAUGACGAGUCUUUGGACAAGGCAAACGUCAACGGGAAUAACAAAAGCGGACUUCGAGGAGAUGGAGCCAAGGCGGGUGGUGAUAACUCUGCCCGAGUCGACGAGGACUCCGAUGGACGCAGUCUAAAAGAGCGAGUACUCGAAAGUAUAAGAAAAGCCAAAGAGUUUGACAUUGUACCCACGGUGGCCAUUCCCUACGCACAACAAUGUCAUGCCAUGGCCAUUUCAGAGGGUCCCAAGUGGAUCAUCACUGGAGGAGAAGACGGUUUUAUUCGAAAGUACGACUUUUCUGCCUCCAUAGAGGGCAAGGCCCCGCUUACUGUGGCCCAGAAACAUAACUUGAUGGAUAGCAUCACCAAGUCCGGAGUGAUCGGAUCGUACUGGGAGAAUGAACAGCCGCUUACAAAGAAACAAAUGCUUGCAGCCAACCCGAAGUUUAAAGAGAGUGAUUUCUCUACUGGUUCGGUAUCGUAUGAACCGCAGGUCAACCCCGUGUACUCACUAGAUGUGGAACGUAACGGAUUUUGGUGUCUCUCAGGUUUGCUUUCUGGUGGUAUUUCGCUCUACACGAUGAUCUACAACGAAGGAAACAUUCAUCAUUAUUUUCGACAUAACGCCAACAAGACAGGCGAGCAGACUAUCGACACUGGCCAUCUGGAUGCCGUUUCGGUUCUCAAGCUAAACAGGGCACAAGACAAGUUUCUCUCGGGCUCAUGGGAUAAAACUAUUCGGGAGUGGGACUUAAAUACCGGCAAGGUGGUCAAUUUGUUUAAGGGAAGCACCGGUCAAAUAUCCAGCAUUAACUACAGACCCCAGGGACUUACGGAUAUUACUUUCAAGAAUGACGGCGAGGGUCAAAAUCCCAGUGAUGUGGACUCUCUAUUUGGUGACAGUGAUGAAGAAGACGAUGCCAAUACUUCCAAGUCUACCGUUAAGGCCGAUCUGGCUAGAAACAAGCCUAGCACAAGUGACUCCAUCUUCAUGUCGUCGAGCAUAGAUGGAACAAUCAACAUCUGGGAUGCUCGAGUGUCGGGGAAAAAUGCGGUUCUACGGCUAGGCGUCCCCGAGAAUGCUCCUCCAUGGUGUAUGACAGCCACUUGGUCCAACGACGGAGAUAAGUUGUAUGUUGGACGCAGAAACAGUACAGUGGAAGAACUAUCGCUUAGAAUGCCACAUACUACUGGUUCAGGCAACACUAAAGUGCCCAAUGUGCUGAAGAGACUCAUGUUCCCUAAGAUUUCCGGUCCCGUGACUGCUCUCUCCACCAUGCCUAAUGAUAACUUCAUUCUCUGUGGUUCCCACGACAAUAUCCGCCUCUACAACUUAGGUCUCUAUCAUGAGUUUGCUCAGGAAACGUCCACAUCCAAGAAAAGAGCCACACCUUUCUUCGUCAUCCCUGGUCAUAAUGGAGGAGUAUUGAGCAACUUGCAAGUUGAUGAAACUGGACGCUUCAUGAUUUCCACCAGUGGAAACAGAGGCUGGGGCCACUCUAAUUACGCUGAUGUGGUGUUGGUAUACUCUAUAGACUGCGAGGGCAUGCCAUGA